AGACCAUUCUCUAUUUCAGAUCACCGCGUUUUUGCAUAUGGCGAGGGACCAAUGGUUCUUCUCAUUAGCGCAGCCCUAUUAUUCCUCGCCCCGUUCCUGACGCCGCUGAUAGAUGCUAACUCCCGUCUCUGAGGGCACUAUGCAUGUCUCUAAGAUGCCUCUGGACCUCUCUCUUGAUAUAACUUGCUGCGCCCUGCUUCCUAUGUUAACUGUCCUUUCUGUUGCUACGUUUAGAAGCGAUGGGUCCCUGACUUGAUAUCUUACUCCUUGCUUCCUGUCUGUUUCUGACAGCGUGUCAGAGAAACGCUUUAUUGCCUGCUGUCCUAUGUCUCAUUCUUGUGGCUCCUCAAUCUGAAAAACCUAUGGCUCGCUGUUGCCUGGUUCUCAGACCUUUAGCAUGUUUGAGUGUCUGUUUAAUGGAGCCAACUGAAUGUUGGACGCAGUUACAGGUAAAUAUCCUGCUCAAAUUUCGUCUAGCCGAGGCUUGCGCCUCUGAGUCUGUGCCCACCAUCGAGCAAUUGGAAUCCAUUAAGGCCGCUUUUGUCAACAAACCUCCCUAUUGCAGCGGAACGCUACGUCUUCCUCCUGAUUGCUACGUUCUUUAUUUCGGAAAGGAGAAAAUCAGCCAUCGGUUAGACUUUGCCAACGUCGACGACGAGAUCCUCAAAAAGCUCGCAGAAACCUGCGAUGUCGCCACAUUUGGCUUGAACAAGAAGGAUGUUCUAGACGAGUCUUAUCGCAAGGCAGGGAAACUCGACUCCAAGUUCUUUGCACCUAAGUUAGAUUUCGAUUCCUCGGGGCUUCGAGAAAUUAUUAGGGAUGACCUCUUAGAGGGACCGAAAGCCAAGGAGAAUAUUCGUGCGGAGCUGUACAAACUCAAUGUUUAUGGUCCAGGGUCUUUCUUUAAGCCACACAAGGACACACCACGAAGCAAGAACAUGUUUGGUUCUCUCGUGCUCAUAUAUCCUACCAUACACGAAGGUGGCUCCUUGAUCAUCCGUGAUGGAGACUCUGAAUGGUGCUUCGACUCCGCCAGAGCGGUGAACGACACUAAGGAACCAGAGAUCGGAUAUGUCAUCUUCUACAGCGACGUUGAACAUGAGGUUGCUGAGGUGAUUUCCGGGUAUCGUGUUACCAUCACCUAUAUCCUAUAUUUCGAACCUCCGAUGGCUGCAACUACGCACACAGGUCUCGCCGUUCAUGGAACGAAGCUCAGGGGGGCGUUCCGGGGUUUACUUGCGGACCCUGCCUUCCUCCCUAACGGAGGACAUCUUGGAUUUGGAUUGCAUCGCGGGUAUGCUUUGGACCUGGAAAAUCGAUCACUCGAUUAUGUCGUAGACUGCCUGAAGGGCAGUGAUGCCACUCUUCUUCAAGUCUGCAGGGAUCUCGGCCUUCUUUUGAAGUUCUAUGUCGUCUUUGAUGACGAAGGCUCAGUUACAAUAUGCGACAAACUUCCUUCGAUGGAAAAUGAUGACGUGGAGGUCUCUGUUGCCUAUCACUUGCGCAAAUAUUAUGGCGGGAAGAUAAUAGAGCGCGAUGCAGACGAUGAUUCAUACAGAGGCCGGUCCGACAAUGAAGAUGGGAACUCGGUGGAUAUGAAGGUCUAUUGGGUUAAUGAGGUGACGAAGCACACCCAGGUCAAGGACAGCUAUAUCGCUUAUGGAAAUGAAUCUUUCCUUGCGUUCGUGUAUGGGUACGGAUGUGUGAUUGUUGACGUUGGCCCGUAUGGGAGUCGAAACAGCGAUGAGGAGGACAAUUCGGCAACAUAAGGUACCGAUGAACCUUGGGGAGGGAGACACGUCGGCUCAGUUGUUAUGUCGUCUUCGCACAAUAACAAGCGCAUCUUUGUGGAUGAAAAGUUUUGUUCUGCGUAUGUAUGUAUGGAAUGAAACUUUCCUUCAGGGUUGGCUCAGACAAGGAAUAAUGUUCAGAUAGACCGUUUCUGACCAGAAAGUACCGAAUAACAACUGUUUAGUUUCUUACAUCCGCAUGUAUUAUGAUGAAUGCUUCUCGUGGAUAUGUUGUUUUGUUACGAUAUGUUGUAUUGC